AGUUUUGCAAAAGCCUCAAGUCUUAGCUAGCAUGCUCUAGCUUAGUUCAAACGAUGGGUUCUGAGGUGGAGUCCAUUAUUCAAGCGAUGGGUUCUGAGGUGGAAUCCAUUCAAGUUCGACUGGUCGAAGUGCCCUUGGCCCAGCAAUACCGCCUUGCUUAUGCCGUGUUGGAACGCAAGACCUUCGUGGUGGUCAAGUUGAUCGCUCGUGAUGGGACGAUAGGCUGGGGUGAAGCAGCUCCUUUGCCUCCUUUGACUGAUGAGAGUGUCCAGACAGUUCUGGAUGUGAUUCGGGUAUAUCUGUCACCUGUGAUUCUGGGACAGUCAGCAUUGGACGUGAAUCGUCUCAACUCGGACAUGGAUAAAGCCAUUCCCGGCCACUUGAUGGCGAAAGGGGCACUGGACAUGGCGCUCUGGGAUCUGGUUGGGCACAGCUUGAAUCAGCCCAUCCAUCGUCUGUUGGGAGGGGCUUUGCACCAUCGAUUCCCCCUUCUCUGGCCCAUUGGCAGUGUUUCUGUGCAGGAAACAGUGCAGACGAUGGUGGAGAAGAGCAAGCUUGGUUUCAAGACCUUCAUGAUCAAAGUUGCCCCCGACCCGCUCGCCAAUCAAGUUGACUUAAAGAUGCAGAUCCAACGAAUUCAUGCCAUUCGUCGCCAGUUUCAGUUUCCAGAGUUUCGAUUGAAUGUGGACGCGAAUCAGUGUCUGAACCUGGGCCAAGCCCUUCGAUUGGCUGAGGAACUGUCCAAACUGGAUGUGGAUUUCUUGGAACAACCUUUGCCUCGUGCUCAAGACUCAUGGGCUUUGCCUCGUUUGAAAGCAGCAUGUCCAGGUCUUGCUCUCUCAGCUGAUGAAAGCCUUCGUUCCCUUGACGAUGUGGCAGCUCUGGCGUCUGCACAUGCGUACGACGUCUUCUCGAUCAAGGUGUCCAAGAAUGGGGGCAUUUCUCGCGCCAGAGACAUGAUGGCUGUGGCCAAAGCCCAUGGCGUUGCGGUGUUGGCCAACUCCAUGGUCGAGCUGGGCCUCUCCCAGGCGGCUGGGCUUCAAUUGGCCGCAACGUGUCCGAACCUGGUCCCUGGGGGCCAAUGCUUCAUGAGCACCUUGCGAAUGGCAUGUGAUAUCACCAAUUUCAGCGACUAUAUCAAGAAUGGAGAAGUGGAAGUGCCUGGAAAGCCUGGGUUGGGGGUGGACGUGCUUGAAGAUCGGUUGGAUGAGCUGACCAUUCACGUGGAGCAGUUUAGCUGCUAGCUGCUUCGCGGACGCUGCGCGUCUGCAACCUCCCUGUUCCUCACGCCAGAAUUUUGCCGCCCUUCGGGGCAAGGUUUUUGUCUGGCCCACCUUCGAACUUCAAAGGGUGGUCCCCAGAUUUUUGCGCAAGUCCGAAUGUCUUCGGGCCUGCCUUGCAUUGCGCGUUUCCCCACCUUCAAAGAAUGAUGUUCCGAAACUGGAAUAUCCUCGGGCCUGUUGCGUUCCGCUUUCACCUCGCGAAGCGAGGGAGGAGGCGUGAGCCGAAGAAUGAAUAGGUGAGAGCAAGCUCCACGACGAGCAUA